AAGAAGAAGACUUCAGGUGGAGAAAUGGAGGAGGAUACAGAUGCACAACAGACAAAACAGGAAGUGGCUGAGGUAAGCUUGACGGAGGAAACAGGAAGAGGAAGUCCAGCCAAGAAGAAGGAGAGGAGGAAGAGGAAGAAGAAACACAAAGAGAAGUGUCUGCCAGAGCUGAGAGUGAUGCCAAAAUUGGAAUGGUUACAACUGAAGAAAGAGUAUUUAAGUCUUCAAAAGAUGAGCAUGAACAAGUUAAAAAAGACUCUGCAACACAUGAAGAAAGAAGACUUACCAAAAGAAAACACAGAUGCAGUAACGGAGGAGAUGCCAGAUAAGCCUACAGUGGAGAUGCCAGGAACUGUGGUACAUCUGACCAGUGGUUCACCAGUCUACAGGAAGCAGCUAAAGACUGACUUAGGUUCGGAAGUACAAGUGGCCUAUGUAGACGUAAGAGAAGGAGAAAAGGAGGGCUAUGUUAGAUUUAAGGAUGCCACUAGUGCUACAAAGACCGUGGAGCAUUCUUGGCCCCAAUAUCAGUUUGUUCUACUCACUGGAGCUGAUGAGGAAGCUUACUGGGACAAACUAAAGUCAGAUAAGAUGAAGAAAUAUCAAAAUAAACAGAAAAAGCAGGGGAAGAGUGGACAAAAGAAGCUAAUUGACAGAGCACAGAAACGAAACAAGGAGAACCUGGACCGAGUUCACAUUCGAUUUGGAGAGGAAAACUGAUCAUUGAAUCUACAGUUCAAACUAUACAUUGUACAUUCUGCAUUUUUUUUGUUACUAUUUAAUAGUGCUGUCAUUCAUUUACUUGCAACAUGUGAAAUAAAAUUCAUUUGAUUA